ACAGGAAGUGACUACGGAGGCCGGGCGGGCGGCAGCCGGGCAUGAAGCCGGGCGGCGACCGGAGCGCGGGCGGCGGCGGCGGCGGCGGCGAUGAGCGACAUAGUGGAGAAGACUCUGACGGCGCUGCCUGGGCUUUUUCUGCAGAACCAGCCCGGGGGCGGGCCCGCAGCCGCCAAGUCGUCCUUCUCCUCGCGGCUGGGCGGCCUAGUCCGCGGCAUCACCGCGCUCACUUCCAAGCACGAAGAAGAGAAAUUAAUCCAACAGGAGCUGAGUAGUCUGAAAGCGACUGUUUCUGCUCCUACUACAACACUGAAAAUGAUGAAGGAAUGUAUGGUAAGACUUAUAUAUUGUGAAAUGCUUGGAUAUGAUGCUUCCUUUGGCUAUAUACAUGCAAUCAAGUUGGCCCAACAAGGAAACCUCUUAGAAAAAAGAGUAGGUUAUUUGGCUGUUUCUUUAUUUCUACAUGAAAGUCAUGAAUUGCUGCUUCUCCUUGUGAAUACAGUUGUAAAGGACUUGCAGAGCACUAACCUAGUAGAAGUAUGUAUGGCACUUACUGUCGUCAGCCAGAUUUUCCCUCGAGAAAUGAUUCCAGCUGUUCUUCCAUUAAUAGAAGAUAAACUUCAACAUUCUAAGGAGAUUGUACGAAGAAAAGCUGUUCUAGCAUUGUACAAAUUCCAUCUCAUUGCUCCUAAUCAAGUACAACAUAUCCAUAUUAAGUUUCGGAGAGCACUCUGUGACAGAGAUGUUGGGGUCAUGGCUGCUUCCUUGCACAUAUACCUUAGGAUGAUUAAGGAGAAUUCAUCUGGAUAUAAAGACUUGACUGGCAGUUUUGUAACUAUUUUGAAGCAGGUGGUUGGAGGAAAGCUCCCAGUAGAUUUCAAUUACCACAGUGUGCCAGCACCAUGGUUACAAAUUCAGCUCUUGAGAAUACUAGGACUUCUAGGAAAAGAUGAUCAAAGGACAAGUGAAUUAAUGUAUGAUGUUCUUGAUGAAUCCUUACGAAGAGCUGAGUUAAAUCACAAUGUCACAUAUGUUAUACUUUCACCCCAUAUUUAUAUUGGUACAGUUUAUAGCUUAUAUUGAUUAUACCAAAUUACGUUGAGAAAGGCUGGGGGCAGCUGCCAAAUUGGACGAAAUUUUGUUUCUUCACCGUAGAAAUGAAAUCUCGUCAAAUAUUUAGGACUGAAAGGCUUCUUAACCUAUGUUAUUCAGGCAGGAUCGCGUGAACUCUGGGCUCUUCAACAUCAGAUGACAAGUUUGGAAUGUUUAGAUCAUGCGCUGAUCCUAUUAUUAAAAGAGAGGACUCUGGAACUUCUUUACAGAAUUACUAAUGCACAGAAUAUAACAGUUAUUGUCCAGAAAAUGCUUGAAUAUUUACAUCAGAGCAAAGAAGAAUAUGUCAUUGUCAAUUUGGUUGGUAAAAUAGCUGAGCUGGCUGAGAAAUAUGCUCCUGAUAAUGCGUGGUUUAUUCAGACAAUGAAUGCUGUGUUUUCCGUGGGAGGAGAUGUAAUGCAUCCUGAUAUUCCCAAUAACUUUCUGAGACUACUAGCGGAAGGUUUUGAUGAUGAGACAGAAGAUCAACAAUUAAGAAUCUAUGCAGUUCAAUCUUACCUCACUUUAUUAGAUGUGGAAAAUGUGUUUUAUCCACAGAGAUUUCUUCAAGUUAUGAGUUGGGUAUUAGGGGAGUAUUCCUACCUCUUAGAUAAGGAAACACCAGAGGAAGUUAUAACCAAGCUCUACAAGUUACUUAUGAAUGACUCCAUUUCUUCAGAAACAAAAGCCUGGUUAAUUGCUGCUGUGACCAAGUUGACACCCCAAGCACGCUCUUCUAAUAUAGUUGAGAGAUUAAUCCAGGAAUUUACCAUUUCUUUGGAUACUUGUAUGCGACAGCAUGCAUUUGAAUUAAAACAUUUGCAUGAGAAUGUGGAACUUAUGAAGAACUUGCUUCCAGUUGAUAAGAGUUGCGAAGACAUGGUGGUAGAUGCUUCCUUAUCUUUCCUGGAUGGUUUUGUGGCUGAAGGACUCAGUCAAGGGGCAGCACCUUACAAACCCCACCACCAACGCCAGGAGGAGAAGCUUUCUCAGGAAAAAGUUCUCAAUUUUGAACCAUAUGGACUCUCCUUUUCUUCACCUGGCUUCACUGGACGACAGUCUCCUGCUGGCAUUUCUCUUGGUUCAGAUAUAUCUGGGAACAGUGCUGAGACAGGGCUGAAAGAGACCAAUAGCUUGAAGCUGGAAGGUAUAAAGAAAUUGUGGGGGAAAGAGGGCUAUCUUCCCAAGAAAGAAAGCAAAACUGGUGAUGAAAGUGAAACUCCACCUAUUCCUCAAGAGAGUAUAAUAAUGGAGAACGCAGAUCAAGCUAUAACAAAAAAGGAUCAAUCUCAAGUUCUUACCCAAUCUAAAGAAGAGAAAGAAAAGCAGCUGCUGGCAUCAUCUUUGUUUGUUGGGCUAGGAUCAGACAAUACAAUCAGUUUGCUUGGAAAAACAGAUACUGUUUCUCACAAGUUCAGAAAGAAAUCAAAAGUCAAGGAAACCAAAAGUGGAGAAAUGACUAGUAUUCAUAAUAUAACCGGUUCUUCCUUUAGUUCUUUGUCAAAUGUGGCAUAUGAAGGAGACUAUUAUUUGAAUACUUUGCAAGAUAGAGGAGAUAAGGAAUUAAAGAAAUUUUCUCUCAAUUCGGAACUUUUGGAUUCUGAGUCACUCACAGAACUACCGUUGGUUGAGAAACUCUCAAAUUGCAGCCUGUCUACACCUUCUUUGUUUGAUGAUAACAACAUGGAAAUUUUUCACCCUCCUCAAUCUACUACAGCCUCAGUUGCCAAGGAAAUCUCUUUAGCUUCUUCUUUGAUGGAAGAAACUACUGAAUACAUACAUUCGGAUCUUAUAGAAGUCUGUAAUAAUGAAACCAUAUCAGUGUCUUCUUACAAAAUUUGGAAAGAUGAUUGCUUAUUGAUGGUCUGGUCAGUCACUAAUAAGAGUGGUUUGGAAUUGAAAAGUGCUAACUUGGAAAUUUUUCCUGCAGAAAAUUUUAAGAUCACUGAGCAAACUGGAUGCUGUUUGCCUGUAGUGGAAGCAGAAAGCACCAAAACCUUUCAAUAUAGUGUGCAGAUGGAAAAACCUUUUACAGAAGAGAAUCUUUCUGGUUUUUUAAAUUAUCAUAUGAUGGAUACUCAUUCUGUUCAGCUGGAAUUUUCUGUAAACUUAUCACUAUUAGAUUUCAUUAGACAUUUAAGAAAAUCUCAACUGAGACUUUUUGGCAAACUCUGCUUAUCCUAUCGCCAAUGAUGUGAAGCAAAAGUAACAAAUGUCAGAAUCUCAGCUGCUCUGCUUUCUGCCCUAAAAGACCGCUGGAACGAGAAACUAAGACUCCACGUUAUUGACAUUAUAGGCAAUGAAGGGCUAUUGGCCUGUCAGCUGCUACCAUCCAUCCCCUGCUUACUGCAUUGCCGAGUUCAUGCCGAUGUAUUAGCCCUGUGGUUCAGAUCCUCCUGCUCUACUCUUCCUGACUAUUUGCUGUAUCAGUGUCAAAAGGUGAUGGAGGGAUCCUAGCAGAAGCUCUGCUUAAUUUUACUCAUCAAGAUCAAUGGUUUACAUAGAUAAACUUAUUUACCAAAGUAAAAAAACUCAUGGUACUUCUAAUGAAAAUGGGGAUUAUUAUAAGUUGUGGUUUAUGUGUUUUCUUUGUGAUUACUGGUUAAGAAAGGUCCCCAAGGAACUGUACCCCUAGCCUUUAACUCAGGAUUGUACAGUAUGUUUGGGUCCCAAAAAAGUGACCUAAGCUAAUGUUAUAAACUGCAAAUGAUUUCUAUAUCACUUAGCGUAGAGGGACUGAAAAUAUUUAUUUUGUUAUAAAUAAUUUUAUAGCUAACUUACUCUAGUGCUAACUAAUUUAUAGUAAAGCCAAGUCUCAGUUUUCUGUAUUAAUGGAGGAGAGACAUGAAAUUGAUAAUCCCAAAUCUAAUUCAUAUUUGGCUUUGGAAUGCAGUGUAUGUUUUUUUGGUAGGCAAGUCAGUACUUUUAGUUAUGUUUUGCUUAGAUCGGCGUUGCACUAAGUUGGCAUAGCACACACUAACAGUUGCAGGAGAUCCAUGAGCAUGCUGGAUAUGGGGGGGAUCCAAUCUGGGGUAUAUUUUUUAUUCUAGAUAACUUGUUACACAUAAUUCCAGAUAAUUUGGCUGUAAAAUUUGUCUGUUUUCUACUUGCGUUUAUUUUAAAAUUCAAAGUGAGUCACUGUAUGCAUUCUUAUUUGAAAAUCUCAGAGCCAUUUAUAAAAUAUUAUCAUAUAGAAACAAAACCCAUAAGAGCACAUAGUAUCAAUGCAAACAGUUAUAAAAGGACUUUUUAGUUCCAAAAACUAUCUUUGUUACCACUUAGGUCUUUUUGGCAAAUGAAAAUUUGUGAUUAGAAUAUAAAUGGCAAAACUAUCUUUCCUGGCCUUUGAAUCCACUAAUACUCAAUGGAUACAGCUGAAACAAUGACUGCCUAAGUAUAUCAUGGAAGUUCUUCUCUAAAAUAUAUCAUUUUCAUGUUAUAAUUAUGCCUGUAUGGCCUCUGUCAGAGCUAUUAUCAGUAAGAGAAGAGGUUAAGCCUAAUAUGAUUAAUGGACCAAAAUCUUGAGAUUGUACAUUAACUGGAAUAGUAUUUCAUAAAACCUUAUGGUGCUGUGGAAAACAUUUAUUAUUUCACUUUUUCUGGUACUUCACCAUGGAGACUAUUCAGGUAAUGCAGUUUUAAGUCAUUGCAGUUAAUACUUUGAUUAAUUUAUACUGUUUAUCACCCAGGUCUGGAAUUCUGAUUUUAGGUUAUCUCAUUAAUCAUAGCUGAGAUGAAGAUGCUAAGGGGAUUCCCCAGAGCUCAUAGAUUUUAUUAGUCAUUUGUGUCUAGAAUAUUCCUCCCUAAAAACAAAAGCAGUAUUUUUCCUUGAUUAUUUUUAAGUUAUUCAUUUAAAAAAUGAAACAUUAAUUUUAUUCUUUUAAAAACAUACAGUAAAACCUUGCUACAAGAGCAGUAAGUGACUAGAAUUACCUGCAUGGUAGGUUCCUCCUUUUGCAUAGAAGAUCAGAUUCAUCCUCAGACUUCCAGCAGUGUCAAGAUGUAGGGGAUGUGCUGACUCUGGGGAUGUGGUAGACACUUGAUAGCUAACCUCAUCAGCUUCCUCAUUAUAUUCCUACCUCUGUCAGCAGCCUCUGUUGCCCCUUACCUGGUUCUGUGUGACUGACAGAGAGGAAGUACCCUCUUUGUAAAGGAAUGCAGUGUGUCCCACAGGAGGUGCUCCAAUUUUUUGUGUCCUUACUUCCAUGUGCUUGCCUGGUCACUGAGAGUAGGGUGAGUGUGGAGCAGGGAGAGGUUACAAUGAGCUUUCUGCUGCAUUGUUACAGGGUGUAUUCAUGAGUGGCAGCAACAGUUGUCAUGAGAAACAUACUUGGCAUACAGAGGUGUCUCAUAGUAGGAGACAUGUAAUAGUAGGUUUAGGUCUGGGAGCCUGAUUUUGGAUCUGCCAAAGGAACAUGGUAUCACUUUUCUUUCUGAACCCACUAAUAAAAAGUAGGGUAACAGGGUUUCUACUGAAAUGUUUGGUAGAAUGUUUACAAUUUUUAUAAUUUUAUGAUUUUUAAAAACAAACACUAAUAGAAAAGAGUAGAUUUUUAACUUAAGAGUAGUAUAUACUCUGUCUAAACUCAUUGAAUGUUUUAAGUUCUAAAUCAGGCAUCACCAAUCAUUUUUUUUUUUUGUAUUGUAGGAGAUGUGACUAUAUAAAGUAGGGAGAAUGAUUUUUGUGGGUAGACUCAUUCUCUUUACCUUAUUAUAGUCAUGAUUUAGUUAAGGGGCAGCCUCUGGGGUAAGAACUAUAGGAAGAUGCUCAACUGUGUGAGCUUUGUGCCAGACAUCUAGACUGAGAAUGGAGAUGGCAGCGAGUGAGAAUCUGGGCGAACAAAAGGGAAGAUGAGAAAUCCUUACUAGCAGGUGGAGAGUCAGGGUCAGGCUCCUGCCAGAAUAAUCCCUGUGGAGGCAGGCAGAUCAGGGGCUCAGAGUUUGAAAGUGGGCCCCAAGUAAGAGUCCUUCUAGAGAAACUGCAGAUGGAAGCCGGGCAGUUACCAAGUGAUGAUGUGCCAAGCAUACCAAGCACUGCAUGUGCUCUGCUGAGGAGCAUUAUUUUAAACAAUAUUCUAUUAUCAUCUACCCAAAUAAUUGCAGUAAAAGUGAAGUAUUUUAUUUUUUUUAUUUCAUGUCAGUAAUAUUUUAAAAUAUUGAUCUAUUUGUCUUAUAUUUUUAUGGAUAAACGUCUUUGUCUCAUGAUUGUGAGCCACUGAAGUGCACUGAACCUGUUCAUGCAUCUUUUAAGAUGUUUUGCUAUGUUAAAAUUUUAGGAGAGAAAAAUGCAAGUGAGUAACAAUUUAGUAGGCCUUUGUUACCUUAUUUUGGAAUUGAAUUCUGUAAUUUGAAAAAGUUCAGUUAAACAUGUAAUAAAUACGAAGUGAUCAUA